CUCGGAUGCGGGACUGGGCCUCUGCUUCUCGGUGGCUCUCGGCGGGUCGUAGUCUCAGCUCCAGAACCCGCCCAACCGUAUAGACGGGAAGAUGAACCCAACCACCGCAGACCCGGAGCGGGCGCCGGCUUCCGAGCCUGUGUGGGAAAGGCCCUGGUCGGUGGAGGAGAUUCGCAGGAGCAGUCAGAGCUGGUCGCUGGCGGCCGACGCGGGCCUGCUACAGUUUCUACAGGAAUUCUCACAGCAGACUAUCUCCAGGACCCAUGAGAUCAAGAAACAGGUGGAUGGACUAAUUCAGGAGACAAAAGCUACAGAUUGUCGCCUCCACAAUGUUUUUAAUGACUUCCUCAUGCUGUCUAAUACCCAGUUCAUUGAGAAUCGUGUGUAUGAUGAAGAAGUGGAAGAGCCGGUGCCCAAGGCCGAGGCAGAAAAAGUGGAGCAGGAGAAGACCCGAGAGCAGAAAGAAGUAGAUCUGAUUCCCAAAGUCCAAGAGGCUGUGAACUAUGGUUUACAUGUUCUAGACAGCGCGUUUGAGCAACUUGACAUAAAAGCAGGGAACUCGGAUUCAGAAGAUGACGAUGCUAAUGAGCGGGUGGAACUGAUCCUUGAACCAAAGGAUUUGUAUAUUGAUCGUCCUUUACCCUACCUCAUUGGAUCAAAGCUUUUCAUGGAACAAGAAGAUAUAGGACUCGGAGAGUUAUCCAGUGAAGAAGGUUCAGUAGGCAGUGAUCGUGGCAGUAUUGCAGACAGUGAAGAAGAGAAUGAAGACGAGGACUCAGAUGAAGACUUUGACAAUCACAGCGACAAUGAUCAAAAACAGCAUAAUACACGUAUGAGUGAUGAAGAAGAGGAUGAUGAUGGUGACCUUUUUGCUGACUCUGAGAAGGAAGAUGAAGAUACUGAAGAAAACAUUAAACCUAAAAGACCUACAUCAUUUGCCGAUGAGCUAGCAGCUCGGAUCAGAGGAGAUACCUUGAAUCGACUAGAAGAAGAGCAGACAGCCUUAUCUUCAGGAGAUGCAAAACCUCACAAGACAUAGAAAGAGAAGGAUAGAAGAAUGCCUUCGGAUGAUGAAGAGGACGACUUCUUUGCACCUCCCAAGCUGACUGAUGAAGACUUCUCACCAUUUGGCUCCAGAGGUGGCCUGUUCAGUGGAGGCCAGGGGCUUUUUGAUGAUGAGGAUGAGGAGAGUGACCUCUUCAGGGAAGCUCCCAGUGAUCAGCAGGUGGAAGCCCCUGUUAGUGAAGGGUCUUCAUCCUUCAAACCUGGAAAGAAAAUCCCUGCAGGAGCUGUUUCUGUUUUUCUGGGGGACACUGAUGUGUUUGGGGCUACCUCUGCCCCAUCUCUGAAGGAACCCCAGAAGCCCACACAGGCUACUUCAGGGAAGAACCUACACCUCCCAGCUCCUGCUGGCCUUUUUGAUGAUGACAAUGAGGAUGAGGAUGACUUUUUUGUGGCAUCCAACAGCAAACCUUCUAAGACAGACAAAGUCAAAUCUACUUCCAGUGUCUUUGAUGAUGAGGAAGGAGAUCUGUUCAAAGAGAAGUUGGUAUCUUUGCCAGAAACUGCUGUGGAUCAGAUAGAGGAGAAAGAAGCAAGAGCAGAAAAAAAGGUUACCCUACCUUCCAACAAAAAUCUUAAGCUCUUGUCAGAAACAAAAACUCAAAAAGGUUUAUUUUCAGAUGAGGAAGACUCUGAGGAUCUGUUUUCGUCUCAAAAUGUAAGUAAGUCAAAAAGUGUGUCUCUCCUGCCCAACAAGAGCCCCACAUCAGUCUCGCUUUUUGAUGAGGAAGAUGAAGAGGAUAAUCUUUUUGGAGCUGUGACUGGCCCUACAGCUGCUAAACAGACAUCAUCUGUACAUACUCAGAGUCAAGAGAAAGCAAAACCCUUGGAGCAAUCCAAAAAGAAAGCAACUGCCCUGUUCAGCAGUGAUGAGGAGGACCAGUGGAAUAUCACUGACUCAAAGACCAAGUCAACAUUUGGCAGCAGGUCCAAAGGAGAAGUCAAGGACUCAGGGACUAUUGAAGGCCAGGAAGUCAAGACUAUAAAAAAGACCAGUCUCUUUGAAGAAGAUGAUGAUGAAGAUGACCUAUUUGCUAUUGCCAAGAACAGCCAGAAGAAGACACAGAGAGCAUCACUACUCUUUGAAGACGAUCCUGAUAGUGAAAGCUCUCUGUUUGGUUCUCCUCCAACAUCAGUCCCUCCUGCAGCAAUGAAAAAAGAGGCUGCUACUGAGAGGCCACCUCUGCUCUUCAGUGAUGAUGAAGAGAAGGAGGCACCACAUGGAGUAACAUCUGCAGAUGUGAAGACUCAGGGUGCCAGCAUGACCCCCAAGUCGGGACAGGCUGAUAGGGCCAGCGAGGAAGAGAAGGAAGGACUUUUGUCUUCAUCUUCUCGGGAAGCAGACAGACAUUCGGAUUUAUUUUCUUCAUCAUCCCCAUUGGACAAAGAAGGAAAGAGUAGAACCAAAACUGUUCUUAGCUUGUUUGAUGAGGAAGAGGAUAAAAUGGAAGGUGAAAACAUCUGCACGCCACAGGAAGAAGUAGAGAAGGGCCCUACUCCUGGUGCUCCUGCCAAAAGUACGGGUGUCUUCCAGGAUGAAGAGCUCCUUUUCAGCCACAAACUCCAAAAGGACAAUGACCCUGAUGUUGACCUUUUUGCCGGCACCAAAAAAAACAAGUUGUCCAAGCCAAGUGUGGGGUGCCUGUUUGAUGAUGAUGAUGAGGAGGAGGAGGAGGAGGAGGAUCAUCUUUUCAUUUCUGCCAAGUCUCAGCCUAUGGUACCAGAAAAAAAGAAAGUAGUGAAAAAAAUCAAGUCUGUUUCCUCUUUCAAGAACCAGAAGCUUCCUGAAUCCCUUGGAGGUAGCAAAGACAAUGACAUAUGGAAAUCAGAAGUACCACAGGAUUCAUCAGGUCUCGCUCCAUUUAAAACCAAAGAGCCAUCCACUUGGAUCGGGAAAAUACAAGCAAGUUUAGUGAUUAAUCCAGCGGCCUUGCUACCUACAGUGGCUCCUCAAAUUUUGGGAACAAAGCCUGUUUCAUCAGAAUUGUCUUUUCCUUCAUCUGAACCUGGAAGGAGCCAUGGCCUGGAAUCCAUCCCCACUCUUCAUGGGAGUGGGGAGGCUGGUGUGAGCUUUGACAUUCCAGCUCAGGCAGACACCUUACACAGUGCAAACAAGAACCGUGUCAAAGUGAAAGGGAAGCGCAGGCCACAGACCCGUGCAGCCAGGCGACUUGCUGCCCAGGAUUCUAGUGAGUCUGAGGAUGUUACUCUGCCCAGAGGACUUGUUGCAGUAGUGGCAGAUGGAGCCAUUUUGCCAAGUGUUCAUCAGUCCCAGCCCCAGCCUCAAGCAGGCAGCAGAAAAGUCAGCUCUGAGGUAGCUGUGUGUGCUGCUCCACCACCUGCCAUGGGCAGCAGCACCUUUGUGACAUCUCUGCGUCGGCCCAGAGGCGAAGCUGACCAGUUUGAUUCUGGGGACGUCUUUGCCAAGAGCAUAGGACCUCAGUCCAUGGAGAGAACAAAAGCCAAGGGCAAGGCAGAAAAUUCCCUGGCCCACCUGUCAGGGGGAAGUAAGGAAAGUGCAUUGUUUCCUGCUCUCAAUGAUGCCAGCGGGGAUGGUGAUCUCUUUCAGUCCGUGAAACCAAGACCAGCAAAGAAAACCAACCCGUUUGUUCUCAUGGAGGAUGAGGAUGACCUCUUUACAGAGCAGAAAGGCAUGAAGAAUGAGUCCAGAUCCAGUCAGCAGGAUGUCACAAAAACACAAGAUAUUUUUGAGGAUGAUAUAUUUGCCACUGAAGGUAAACCCUCUCAAAAAAAGAGAGACAAGGAAAGAACUUUGGAGUCCAACUUAUUUGAUGAUACUGUUGAUAUCUUUGCUGACCUAACUGUUAAACCAAAAGAAAAGUCCAAAAAGAAAGUGGAAACUAAGUCUAUAUUUGAUGAUGAUAUGGAUGACAUCUUUGCUGGUGUCCAGGCCAAAACAACCAGACCAAAAAGCCACUCUGCACAGGUAGCACCUGAACCAAGAUCUGAACACAAGGUGGCCAGCAUAUUUGAUGAUCCCCUGAAUGCCUUUGGAGACCACUAGAAAUAGUUUUCUACUCACUUUUCAGCUGCAUCCUUGAGUUACUAACUCUGAUGCUCAUUGUCGUAGGUUAUAAAAAGCAAACACAGAAAUGGCUAGCUCAUCUUACACCUGAUGUGCUUAGUAUUUUUCUGCAGAUUUUAAUCAUGCUUAAUACUGCAAAAUGAAAAUAAAUGUUUCCGAACAAUGUGUUCCUA